AUGGCUAUACAUCAUAUACAUGAUCCAUCAAGUCAGUUAACUGAUGAGCAUGUGUCUCAUCCAUUGCAUGAUAUAGACCAAAAUGAUAUGUCGCAACCAUCAUCAUCGUUUACAGCCACACCGCCAAGAAAACGUAGUCAUUCGGUAUUACAUUGGAUGCAAAAAGCUUUAAAUGUAAAAACAACUGAUGGAAGUCAUGGCGAUUCACCUUCGCGUCACCGAUCAUCAUCAAUAGCACAUUAUAGGAAACCUAGUCCAUCCGAAAAGUCGCCUCCCGUUAGUUAUCCUGGAAAAAAACAUAGACGACCAAGAGCACCAACAAUUGACACAAUAGAUUCAACAGACAAAAAAAUGCCACCACGGAAAAAAACUAUUUCUGAUACAGAUGAAAAAGCACAACAAACACGAUCUACAACAAACCAUGAUGAAAUUAAUAAUGGUUUUUUACGUGUUUCUCAACAAACUCUUCAACGUAUUCGUGAUACUAUUAAUUAUUUAAUUACUAAAAUUCAACAACAUGAAGAAACAAUCAUCAAAGAAAUUGAAAAUAAUACUCGUGAUGUUCGUAAUCACUCUGUGUCAGAAACUAAAAAUCCUAUUGUAGAAUUAGAAAAAUUUAAUAUUGACAACUUUCUUCGCCUUUGUCGUGUUUCUCGACCUGAAUCAUCACCAAUUACAAAGAAAAAUAACAAUGAAAGUCGUCAAUUAGGUAUAAAUUCGACACUUCCUUCUGAUAUUAAUCUUGUGUGUACAUCUAAUAUACCUGUUAAAUUGGAAGAAUUCACCUUACCGUUCACUCAUCUUGAUAAUGAAGUAUUUACUGAAGGAUCAAUAAUUAUUGCUAAUCGUCUUGCUGAUGUUCAAACAAAAUUAAUAUCUGAUUUAUUAUCAGUUAUUGAUGCUUGUCAGUCAUUUGGUCAAACUAUGCAUACAUUACAAGAUUUUUAUGCUCAUUCGAAUUGA